AUGUCUAACUCGGCUGCACCGCCUCCUCCCUUCGGUGCGGUGAUGACGCCUCCUCCUUCGAUACCACCGCCAGGCAUGCACGCUGGGCCGCCGCCACCACAGUACGGGAUGCCAAUGGAUCAGAGCGAAUCGAACGAACCACCACCGCUGCCAUCCGACGCUGGUCAGACGCUCUACAUUCAGAAUCUCAACGAAAAAGUCAAGCUCGAGACCAUGAAGGCCACCUUGACCAAUCUUUUCUCGAACUACGGCACGGUGCUCUCAGUCACAUCCCACACGAAUCUGCGAAUGCGCGGGCAGGCGUUUGUGGCACUCGACAACGUGCAAGCAGCAGACAAAGCACGGAGGGAAGCGCAUCUGUUCCCACUCUACGGAAAGGCAAUGAAGAUCAGCUUUGCAAAGUCCAAAUCGGACGCAGUGGUGUUGCAAGAGCACAAAGAGCAGGGCGGGGAAGGAUCGGAAGAGUUCAAACAGCACAAGGAGCAGAGGCUGGAGCAUAAAAAGAUGGCCAGGCGAGGCAACGUGCUGCGCAGACGAGAGCUCGAAAACAAGAUCCGGGCCAAGAGGGCGGCUGCUGGAGAGAUUGCAGAGCCAGAAAAAGCCGCAGGCAGCAAGAGGGCCCAACAGGAGAUGCCCGACGAGUAUCUGCCACCCAACAAGAUGCUCUUCUUGCAAAACAUCCCGGAUGGCGUCGGCAAAGGCGAGCUGGAAAGCCUCUUUUCUGCGUACUCGGGCUACGUCGACGUGCAGACCAUCCCCGGCAAGGCCGACAUUGCCUUUGUCGAGUUUUCAGAUAUCCCUUCGAGCGCUACAGCUCGUGGUGCGCUCAACGGCUACAACUUUGGUGCCGGUGACAAGCUCAAAAUCACUUUCGCAAGAGCAUGA